UGAGGUAAUUAAGCUCGCAUACUAUUAGGAAGCUGUAUUCAAAGUGAGUACUCUAAUCUUAUUCAAGAAUCAAUAUCAUGAACACUUAUUAUCAUAUCAUGGGAUUGGUGUUGUUGUUCAUGGUUUACUUUGUUGUUGGAACAACAAAAGCCAAGAUAAUUAACUGUUCAGAAGAUAUAUCAUGUGGAAAUCAAGUUAUAAAAUUCCCUUUCCAAAUCAAAAACCAAAAUCCAAUUUCACCUAUGUGUGGUGGCUAUCCAGGAUUUGAGUUAAUUUGUUCAUCAAACCAAACUAUGAUUGAACUUCCUCACAAAGUGAAACUCAAUGUCAAAAACAUUGACUACAAACACCAAACUAUUCAACUUUCUGAUCCACAAGAUUGCCUUGACAAACAUAUUCACAACCUCAAUCUUUCAGAAUCUCAUUUCAACUACUUGAAAAGUGAUUAUGAUGAUUUUGUUGACUAUCACUUUUUCAAUUGUUCACUUUUGAUUAGAAAUGAGAUAGAUUUAUAUUUGGUUCCUUGUCUAAGUACCUCAACCUCUCAAACAUAUGUUAUACCCUCAAGUCGAUAUUUCGAACAGCUUCCUCUUUCGUUUUGCACCAAAAUGUUUAAUGUUUCAUUCAAACGUUAUUCUGAUUCUAUUCGUUUGAGUUGGUCUACGCCUAAUUGUAAAGUUUGUGAAUCAAAAGGAAACAUAUGUAGAUGGAAGAAUACUACUAGUAGUACCAACAAGGACAUAGAAUGUUUCAUCAAAAACAAGAAAGGUUCGUCAACGGCUCUAGUCAACACAGGGUCAGUUCUAGGAUCGUUGUUUUUUAUCUUGCUGACCGGCGCAGUCUACCAUAUUUAUGACUCCUACAUUCUGAAGAAAGCAAAACAAGCGAUUAUAGAAAAGUUUUUAGAAGAUUAUAGAGCUCUUAAGCCUACCAGAUACUCUUAUGUAGAAAUUAAGAGAAUCACAAAUAAUUUUAAAGACAAGUUAGGACAAGGAGCCUAUGGAACUGUAUAUAAAGGGAACAUUUCAAAAGAAUUUAUUGUUGCGGUGAAGAUACUAAAUUUUUCUCAAGGAAAUGGGCAAGAUUUCCUCAAUGAAGUUGGUACAAUGGGUAGGAUCCACCAUGUUAAUAUUGUUCGAUUGAUCGGUUUUUGUGCAGACGGCUUUAAAAGAGCUCUUAUUUAUGAGUUUUUACCAAAUGGUUCUUUACAAAAGUUCAUAAAUUCACCAGACAACAAGAAAAACUUCCUUGGAUGGAAAAAGUUACACGAAAUUGCUUUAGGAAUAGCUAAAGGAAUUGAAUAUCUUCAUCAAGGUUGUGAUCAACGCAUCCUGCAUUUCGAUAUCAAACCACAAAAUGUGUUACUUGACCAUAAUUUUAUUCCUAAAAUAUCUGACUUUGGUCUAGCUAAAUUAUGUUCGAGGGAUCAAAGCAUGGUGUCAAUGACCACAGCUAGAGGAACUUUGGGAUAUAUUGCUCCCGAAGUUUUUUCAAGGAACUUUGGAAACGUGUCUUACAAAUCAGAUGUUUAUAGCUAUGGAAUGAUGUUGCUUGAAACAAUAGGAGGGAGGAAGAUUACGGAGGACAUAGAGGAAAACUCUAGUCAUGUUUACUAUCCGGAAUGGAUUUAUAAUCUUAUAGAUGAUCAAGAGGAAAUGAGAAUUCAUGUUGAUAAUGAAGGGGAUGAAGAAAUUGCAAGAAAAAUGGGCAUUGUGGGACUUUGGUGCAUUCAGUGGCAUGCUAUGGAUAGACCAUCAAUGCAAAUGGUGGUUCAGAUGUUGGAAGGAGAUGUAGACAAAACUCCAAUACCUCCCAAUCCUUUUGCUUCUCAAUCUAGACAACCUAGGAGAAAUGGUGGACUUGCAACUACUAGACAACUAACUCAUGAGUUAGAUGUAAUUGAAGAGUUAGAAUGACCAAAAUGUGUACCUCUUUCUAAUCCUCAGUAUAUCUUAUACUAUAGAUGUUGGAAUUCAGUGAACACAAAUAAGCUAAAAGAUAAAUUGUUAUUGUUGUGACCACAA